GGCCUGUAGAUUUCUGUCAAUUGUUGUCGUGCACGUGCAACUUGCACAUCUUGUGGAAAUUCUGAGCACCCUUACAUUUGUGACAAACACUUCGACAUGGCCGUCGUUCUCAGCGAAGGAAGCAUCAAGGGGUUGGCAGUCCAGAAACAAAAUGCUGAAGAACUUGGCUACCCGAAUGUGCAGAUCAUCGCCCUAAAAAAAGUGAGCAAGAAUGGCGAGCACGAAAGGUACCGGGUCAACAUCUCUGAUGGCGUGCACUUCCUGUCCUCCGGAGUGCUGGCAUCUCAGCUAAAUGCGAAGGUUGAAUCCGGGGACCUUGUGGAAUACACCAUUGUUACUUUAAAACACACCAUCAACAGCAGUAUCAAGGGCAAAAGUGGCUCAGGCGACAGAAACAUACUGAUUAUUCUGGACUGCGAGGUUGUGGUGCAUGGUUCUGAAAUCAAUGAGAAGAUCGGUAACCCUACAGCUGUGUCCGACAAGGACAUAGCUGACGCCUCAGAGAGGGAGAAUGGAAACGUGAAUCAUGCAACUGCAGCUCCCCGCGCCGCUGAGCAGAGCAAGCCUUCGCCGGCCAUACCUUCGCCAGCAAUUGUGAAUCGAGAUUUGUCUCCUGUCGGGCAGCAGCCCACAAAGAGGCCCAGACUGGACAUGGGUGUGCACGAAAACAACAUCCGCCCCAUCAUGUCCAUCAACCCAUUCCAGAACAAGUGGGUCAUCAAGGCCAGGGUCAUGUCAAAACCUCCAAUCAAACACUAUGAAAAUCAACGAGGUCCGGGCAAGCUCUUCAGUUUGGAAAUCAAGGACAGUUCUGGAGAAAUCAGAGCUACUGCCUUCAAUGAGGAAGUGGAUAAGUUCUACGACCAUAUUAAAGAGGGAAAGGUCUACCUGAUUGGAAACUGUACUGUCAAAACAGCCAACAAGAAGUUUUCCAACUUGAAGCAUGACUACGAACUGACCUUCAACCGCGAUACUUUCGUCAAUGAAAUCGAGGAUGACUCAAGCUUGCCCGUCAUGGAAUUCCAAAAUGUCACCAUUGAAUCCCUCAAGAAUCUUGCUGUUGAUACGAUUGUGGACAUUGUUGCUGUCUGCCAGGCUACGUCAGAUUGUCAGACCUUGAUGUCACGGGCAACCCAAAAGGAACUGAAAAAGAGAGACAUCACCCUUGUGGAUGACUCCAAGCAUGCUAUCACCCUUACUCUGUGGGGAGAACAGGCACAAAACUUUGACGGUAGCACCAACCCGGUUGUUGCCAUCCGCAACGCCUUGGUCAAGGAGUUUCAGGGCAGCAAGAGCCUCAGCACUGGACACUCUGCAGUCAUGGCGAUCAACCCUGACAUCCAGAUUUCGCACCAUCUCAAAGGGUGGUAUGAAAAUUAUGGUUACAGCAUGACAUUCAGUGGAGUGUCUGAUGGUACCCCUGGAGCACCAAAACUAGGCUACGAACCUUGGAAGAACCUGAUCUCCGUGAAGGAAGAGCAGUUGGGCAAUGGCGAGAAGCCUGAUUACUUGGGCGUUGUGGCCCACGUCAUGGCCAUUAAGAGAGAAAAUUGCUACUACUUGGCCUGCCCAAAACCCGAGUGCAAGAAAAAGGUGAUUGACAAUGGAAAUGGCAACUACCUUUGCAACAAGUGCAACUUCGAGUAUCAGGACUGCAACCCACGGCUGAUAGUGAAUGUGAAUGUCGCUGACUGGACGAGCAACACCUGGGUGACCCUCUUUGAUGAGGAAGCCAAACAGAUGCUUGGAAUCACCGACAACAAGGAGUUUGUCAAACUGCAAGAAAAUAAUCAAGAAGCUUACAACGCCAUUUUCGAUGCUGCUCGCUUCAAGCAGCUGCAGUUGAAACUGCGGAUCAAGAUGGAAACAUACAAUGACGAGAAGCGAAUCAAAUCGUCCGUCGUCAAAAUGGAACAGCUUGACUUGACCCAUCACAACGCUCGCCUCCUGAGCGAGAUCAACCAAAUGAGAGCCCAGCUCAACGUUUAAUUAUUCCUCAUCGAAAUUGUAGUUUGAAUUAUCUUAAUCAUCUUUAUUAUCGUUGUUUGCUCUACAACUGUGUUACAAUCUAAAUAAUGGAGGAUUAUCGUAGAAUUUUUUUUUCUUUUUCUUAAACAAUCCUUUCAAUUUUGUAUCUUAAUAUAAAUAAAAUCAAUCUUCUCAUUAUAA